AUGGGAUUUGCAGGCAUAGCUAUCGGCGCAGCUAUGGCUGGCUUGAAGCCGGUUUGUGAGUUCAUGUCGUUCAACUUUUCAAUGCAGGCAAUCGAUCAGGUGAUUAACUCUGCAGCCAAAGCGAGCUAUAUGUCGGCAGGAAUAAUUUCAGUUCCGGUUGUGUUCCGAGGACCGAAUGGUGCUCUACUUGGAGGAUCAGCCUCUCAUUCUCAGUGUUUUGCUGCAUGGUACGGACACUGUCCCGGACUAAAAGUUGUCUCCCCUUAUUCAUCAGAAGACAGCAAAGGUCUGCUGAAAGCUUCCAUUAGAGAUCCCAAUCCAGUUAUAUUCUUAGAGAAUAAUUGUAUGUAUAAUAAAGUAUUCGAGAUGUCGGAUGAGGCGAUGGACACAGAUUUCUUACUCCCAAUAGGAAAAGCUAAAGUCGAGCGGCAAGGACACCAUUGUACACUAGUGUCAUUUUCAAAGUUUGUCGGGCUGUCCUUACAGGCAGCAGAAGAACUGGCGGGAAUCGGUGUCGAAUGUGAGGUGAUCAACCUUAGGACAAUUCGUCCAGUGGACGAGAAAGCCAUUUUGAAAUCAGUGAGGAAAACAAAACAUCUUGUGACAAUAGAAGGAGGCUGGCCACAGUUUGGUGUUGGUGCGGAAAUUUGCUCAAUAGUAGUUGAAAGUGAAGUGUUUCACCACUUGAAGGCGCCAGUAAGCAGAGUGACAGGGGCCGAUGUUCCGCUCCCAUACGCUAAAACAUUAGAACAAAAUGCUGUGCCACAGAUUGCCAAUAUAACUAGAAGUGUAAAGAAACUCCUUAACAUAAAGUGAUAGGCAUUUAGCUUAACUUAUUUGAUCCUUUCACGUUACUUGGCUACGUCAAUUUGGCCUCUUACUUAAGUCUUAAUGCCUUUGUUUAUAGGUUAAAUAAUUUUAAAACACACACAUAUUGCCAAAUGGCUGAUUCAAGUUAUCGUGGUUAAUAUUUUGCACUGUAGGACGUUGCUCCUUCAUUUCUUUGGAAAGUCGUACCGAAAAAUCACAUUGCAGGUUAUUUAGCUACUAUUUUCAUCAUGUAAUGUUUACACAUUAGAAUUUGUAAUGGAAAUUUAGAUUAUACACCGUGCGUCUCACAGGCUGGUGGCCAUUUUUCUUUUGAUUUCGGAUUAGUACUGGCACCUUGACUUUUAAAAGACAUUCUAAAAGAACCGUGGUAUGUACAGCAGAAACGUGCUAAGUUUGUUAACAUUACAUAAAAUAUAGAUCAUAUACUCAGUGGGUUGAUACCAAGUAUUUGCCUUUGGAGGUAUUUAUUAUAAAUCCUCAUAACCAUUUUUUGCUUAAACCAACUUUUAAACACAUCCUGAAAAAAUCAGUCAAUUUUUAUUACUGAUAUUUUCGUUGUUUUCCUUAGCUGCAUUCGCAUGUUAGUUAUUGUCUAUCAUUUUUAGAUAUUGCACAUAUUUAGAUUAAUUUAUUUUAGGGAUGGCAACGAAUAGCAUUUCUGUUAGUCAACCUUCCGAACGAAUAUUCGAAUAUUCGGUCAUCAGCUGAUCAACAAAACAACUCGAAAUCUUAUUUGUUUAUCAUACCCCCACGGCAUACAAACACUAAAUAGGAAAAUGGCGAAAAAAUGGUAGUCGCAUAAUAGAGGAUUCAAAUAGUCCUCAUUUUUUGGUUUACUCUGUAGAGCUAUUUUCCUUACUUUCUUUGCAAGUUUUUGCUGAAAUCACAUGACAGAUCUAUGCUUGACAUGUAGGUAGCAGUUUCUUUAUAAAAUAUUAACGUGACAGAAUAUGUCAUGUGUACUUAGAUCAUACA